AUGCAAGAAGACGAAUAUUGGAUUGCUUUACUAUCAAGUGAAUUAAAUUAUAAUUCAUAUACAUUUAAUUACGAAAACAGGAAUAAAUUUGAUUUAAAAUCAAAAUUAUUCUACUUAAUCAAUGUAGAAAUUCAAUUACAUAAAAUCUUACAACCAAACAUACCAUUUACUGUUGUAUCAGCUGAUCUUGAAUGGUUUGGACCAUCGAUUUCACAUGAAAUAAUUCAUAUAUUUCUUGAAUUUUGUGGAAUAUCUCAAAUUUGGCUUGACUUUUUUGAUCGUUUUCUUAAACAACCAAUUUAUUAUAAAUCCAAUGAAAAUAUUUGUCAACGUCAACGUGGUGUACCAAUUUCACAUUCACUCUCUUGUCUAUUUGCUGAAUUACUUCUAUUCGGUUUAGAUCUUUAUAUAUAUCAAAAUACUGAUAUAUUUAUUUAUCGUCUUCAUGAUGAUAUGUGGUUUUUUAAUUCUCAAUCAACUAAAAUUGAACAAGCUUGGACAUUAAUGAAUGAAUAUAUACAAAUGAUUGGGCUAAAAUUUAAUGAAGAUAAAUGUGGUUCUACACAAAUUCUAUCAUCAAACAUAAGAAGUCAUAUUAAUGAAUUAUCAACAAAUAUAAUAUUACCUCAAAAAGAUGUUAAAUGGGGUUUACUUACUUUACAAUCCUCUGGUCGUUUUAUUAUUCAUCAAGAAACAAUUCGUUCACUGCUUGAUGAAAUGAAAAUACGAUUAACAAAUGCAACAACUAUUUUAGAAUGGAUAAAUUUAUAUAAUAACUAUAUAGAUUUUUUCAUGCGUAAUUUUGGUCAAUGUGCUAAUAUUUUAGGUACAUAUCAUAUUGAACAUUUCAAUAUCUUCAUCGAUAUAUAUUUCCUGAAACAAAUGGAAAUGCUUUAA